GUCAGUGUCACAAGCCUGGCGGUUGUUGUUUACAUCUCCGAAAAUUGUGUUUGUUUCUUAAUUCCAAGAUGAUGUCGAGGUCUUUGAGAGCUGAGACCCGAUCUAGGGGUAAAGAAGACACUAAAAGACCUAUGCAAGCUUUGGAUAAAGUGAGACGCUGGGAAAAGAAGUGGAUUACAAUACAUGAUACAACUAUGAAGAUCUACAAGUGGGUCCCAGUUAUUUCAGAUGACCGAAAGAAGAAAAAUAGUAGUUCCAACAAGGAGAACCGAAUGUGCAGUCGUGACAGCAGUAUGUCUGCCUUUCACAUGGGGGGGGAUGAUUCUAAUACAGCCAUGUCCAUGAUGAGUGACUCACAAGAUGCCACAGAUUUCUCUUCAAGUCAAUUCAAUAUCUCAGAAGAUUCUAAUUCCGAGCCUCCUUUCAAGAAGAAGUUAGCUGAGUGAAUGAGAAUGAUGAUUCAAAUGUAAUCAUAAGAAAUAGGCUAAGUGAAAAUAUUUCCGUGAAUAACUUAUCGAGUGUCAGUGGAUAAUAACUUCAUGAUGUAAUUUAUAAUGGAAUACAAAUUUCUAACCAUUCAUUAGGAAGAGUAUUUUAUGUGUAAAGAACUAGGAUUUUUCAUUUGUUUAUUAUUUUUUCAAAUGUUUAUACGUAUGAGCAAGCGCACAGAUGACAAUUUUUCAGGGUUGCUAAGACCACCAGUUUAUAUUUAUAUUACCUAAAAUAUUGAUAGGAUUCUUAAUAUGUUCAAAGUAACUCUUUGAAUUAAUGUACCUCUUUCCAAAAUUUAAACUAUAUUGUGGUGAAGACUUACUGCAUAUUUUUCUUCACUAUUUGAUUUUCAUAACAUUUGCAUAUUCCUGUAAGCUGUGUAUUAAAAUCAUACUUGUUUGUACAUACUUCAUACAGUGGAAUUGUACAAAUGUUGGUAUUUUGUAAAAGGUUCUUUGAAUUACAUCUUUGACAGUUAAAAUUUCAUUUAUUAUUUGAAUGUCAUUAUUGAUUUAUUAAAGUCGUUAGCAUUACUGGCUUUUUUAUUUCUUUAAGCAAAAAUCAGUUAUUUUGAUUUGUAAAGUGUUAUAGGAAGCAUAUAUUGCAAUUAUUUUCAGGGGACCGUCACCAUGUAAUCUGGGGUGCCCUUAAUAUGGGACCUAGAUUUAUUUUACUAUUUCUUUUUGAUUGGUAACCUUUUAGAUACAGUACAUCUCUAGUUUGGUCUCAUUUAGCAAAUAAGUAAAUCAAAUAAAAAAUGAAAUUGUA